AUGUCAGAUAGUAGUAAAGAAGAUAUUCCGAUAAUAAUAAAUGGUAAACCAUAUCCGGACAUAGUUAAGAAUCCUCUUAAUGAAAUUGCAUUGACCUCAUAUAUUCUAGGAGCAUUAUUUGGUAUUUCACUAGGGUUAAUUCCUUUUGUUUCAUUCAGAGCAUUCAAUUUAUAUCUAAUGGCCCUAUCGACUUUUCAUUUCUUAGAGUUUUACAUUACUGCUAAAUACAAUCGAGGCAAGGUCCACAGUGAGUCCUUUUUAAUUAACAAUGGUGUUGAAUAUAUUUCAGCUCAUCUUGUUGCAAUUUGUGAAUGUUCAAUCGAAAGAGUAUUUUUUAAUAGUGCAAAGAGAAGCGAUUCAUCAUUUAUAAAUUCAAUUAUAUUCAUAGUGGGCCUUUGUCUUGUUAUCAUUGGCCAAGUUAUUAGAUCAUUAGCUAUGUAUACUGCUGGGCAAUCAUUUUCUCAUAUAGUAAAAACGUCAAAAAUUGAAGAUCAUGAUCUAGUUACCGAUGGAAUUUACUCGUUUUUCAGGCAUCCAAGUUAUUUUGGAUUUUUCUGGUGGGCAAUUGGAACUCAAAUGAUGCUAUUAAACCCGAUUUCUUUUGUGUUAUUUUCAUUCGUAUUAUGGAGAUUCUUCAGUAAAAGAAUCAAUUAUGAAGAGAAAUAUCUGGUUGAAUUUUUUGGUAAGAAGUAUCUAGAUUACAAAAAGACUGUCCCAGUAAGAAUUCCAUUCAUUAAUUAA